AUGCAUUCUGAAGUGAUAUCUCCAAUUGUGCAGAUUGUACUUUCGAAAGGAAAUGGUACGUCACUGAGAGUUCAUGAUCUGACAAACUACAUUGAAAUUUCUUUUUCGAACAUUACGAUCAAAGACGACACUGUGGAUUAUGAAUGUGUGUACUUUGAUGAAAUUUCACACGACUGGAGCUCGGAUGGGAUGUCAUCCCAAUACGAUUCGAGAACAUUGACCAUGAAAUGUCUCACAUCUCACUUGACAUCUUUUGCAGUUAUUGAUUUGAAUUUCAAAAAAGCUGUCAAUAAUCAACCAAAACCCAACACACCACCUUCAUUCUCAAUCAAGAAAGAUGCAAAUGGUAAUGUGGAUGCCACUGCUGCCAUUGCUGCAACAGUCUCUAUUUUGGGUUCAGUACUUGUGUGUGGAAUCAUCAUUUCAAUUUCAAUUGCCAUUGUUGCUGUAGCCAUGCGAUCACGAAAGAGCCAUGUUUGA